AUGAUCUCAAGGCUGUCCUUCCAUCUAACUUUCUCCACGGAUAUGCGUAAGUUAUAUUUACUGAGAGACUUUCUUAUAUACUAAGUAUUGGGUCCAGAUCCGCAGCCUAUCAGAUUGAGGGGGCUACUGCCAAAGACGGGAGAGGCCCUUGCAGCUGGGACGAUUUUCUAAAAGACCAGCCCGAGAAAGGAGACGAUGCUUGUCGCUCAUAUGACCUUUGGCAAGAAGACGUGAAACUCUUGAAGCAGUAUGGGGCCAAAUCCUAUCGCUUCUCGAUCUCCUGGUCUCGUAUCAAGCCACUUGGUAUGUCAUCUGGUAUACCAUUCAUGUUCUCAUUCUUAACUAAUCAAUGACCGCAGGGGGUAAGGACGACCCAAUCAACGAAAAGGGGAUAGGUUAUUAUAACAAUCUUGUAAGUACACCUAUCUACAAGUUCUUCUCCCAUUUCAAGCUACAUAAAGCGACUGACUCUUUAUCAGAUCAAUGCUUUGAUCGAAGCUGGGGUUGAGCCGACCGUAACUCUACACCACUACGAUACACCUCUCGCUCUCGAUGAAGCAUAUCAGGGGUUUGCUUCCAGUGAUCCCUCCCCUCUUAUCGCAGACUUUCUCUCUUACGCCAGGCUUUGUUUCGAAAGAUUUGGCGACCGGGUCAAAAGAUGGCUCACAAUCAACGAGGUGGGUAACAAUGAUAAACAGUUUAUAGCAAAGAGAUCUAAUACCGGUCUGAGUAUUAGCCCUGGAUUUUUUGCUCACUAGCGCCUGAUGGGCUUGUGAAGAAUUAUACAAGACAGGACUUCUUUAGGUAAGUAGCCAUUGCCCAUCAAGAAAAUUGAGGGAUCCGUAUGGUGCCAGCGCUAAUGUCGUACUAAGGGUUGGCCACAACUGUCUUUUGGUCCAUGGACAUACUGCAAACCUAUAUCAGGACACUUUCAAAGCUCAUCAAAAAGGGCAAAUUGGUAUUGCCCUAGUAAGUUUCAUUUCGCAUAUCCGCCGUUUACAGUUCCUGUGACUUAUUUUGUUGACUUGAAUUAGAACUAUGAUUGGGUUGAGCCACUAGAUGAAUCAGAGCUGGCAAUUAAGGCUGCCAAGGUUGCGGAAGAAAGAUCCUUGGGCUGGUGGGCCUUGCCAAUUUGUAGGUGUUUCGUCGUUGGGCUCUUAGGCCUGUGUCUUCAAGGCGUGUACAUGACACUAACUCCGGCUGAAUAGUUAAAGGAAUUCAGACCAGCUCUUGGGACCAGUACGGCGAGGUAUUUCCCAAGCUCACGCCAGAAGAACUUGAACUUGUCAAGGGAUCCGCUGAUUUGUAAAUAAGUGACCCAUUAUCAUUCCAAAAGUUAUCAGUGCACGGUUCUUCGCUAACAAGAAUUCAGUUUCUCUAUCAACCACUAUGGAACGAUGUACGCGACUGGGAAACUAUUUGAGCCUUAUACCAAAACGAAUUUCCGCGAUCUUGACGAUGUGGAAAAGACACAUUACAAGAAUGGAGUUGCUAUUGGUCGACGCGGCGAGAACGGACACCCACAUACAGGUUAGUCAAGGUCGAGAGCAUGAUCCUUACGACGCCAGUAUUUUGUGAACGCUUUAUGCUAACUCGGUUCUCAAGUCCCUUGGGGCUUUGCCAAGAUGCUUACUCAUGUCUGGAAAACAUACGCCGAGCCACUUGACAUCCCGAUCUACGUUUACGAAAAUGGCUUUCCUGUCGAAGACGAGUCCAAGUUUUCUAUCCAGGAUAUCGUCAACGACAAGUACAGACAGGAGUUCUUUGACCUUUAUAUCGGUGCAUUGUGCGACGUAGUCAAGAAAGAAGGCGCGAAAAUUGCCGGCUAUCAUUGCUGGAGCUUGCUGGAGUAAGUACUUGGGUUUCUCAAAAGAAGGAAAAAGUACUCUGAUACUAAUCGAACUUUACAUGAUAUAGCAACCUGGAGUGGAAUUUCGGUUACGGGCCUCAGUUCGGUUUAACUUAUGUCGACCGCAAGGACGGAUUCAAGCGAAUCCCUAAGAAUUCUUCAAAGACAGUAGCUGCUAUCUGGGAGCACGUGAUCGAAAAGUAG